AUGGCAUCCGACAUCGGAAAGAGAUGCCGGUAUAUACACAACAACAAUCACACGAUGACAUGUUUGCAUUUUCGUCGAGGUAUCAUGGUCUCCCAAGGCAUGCCCACACAUGUAUCGUAUCGAAAACUCGCCAUACUACAUGUGCUUGGUACCUUGCGACAUCAUCUCCGGUCGGAUGCCAGGGCUGCCGGCAGCCACGGCUCUCUGACUGUCCUGGAGAAGGAGAUUGCCAGUCAGCCGCCUCGAUACAUGGGAGACCCACAGGGGUCCACAUUUUCGCAGUUGCCGGCGGCGGAGAUCCAUGAGGAAGGCAAAUGUACAACAUGCUUCUGA